AUGUCAAAAGAAGAUGAAAACCUCCUUAAGACUCUUUUGGACAAAAAGAAAGCAGCUGAAGCCAGUAUAAAGGCAGCUAAAAAUAGUGAUAUAUCUGACAACCAUGUUCAGCCUAUCAGCUCUCAUCCAAACACUGAAGAAGACAAUGGAACCCCUCUGGAUCAAGAUAGCAAUCAUGGUAGAGCCAACUCCCAGUCUUUGAAUAAUAACAUUACUUGCUUAUACUAUAUUUUUAUAAGUCUUGAUUACAAAGCUAUAAGGACAUACACCAUCACUCAAAAUGGCUUUCCAAACCCUCUUAACCGCCAAUCUAUCUGCUGGGACUUAUUAACUAAAGCUACCAGUGAAGACAAAGCUGCUGCCUCCUUGGCCGACAAAAUGAAGAUUUUACAGGAUGACCAAGACUUGAAAAAAGCUCAAGUAUUGGAAUAUCUAGGAGAUUUUAUUCCAUGGAUGAUCAACUCUGGUGCAUUGAUCAAUGCAUGUAUAUACUUUAAGGAUAAAACAUCUGAUAUUACGCAAUCAUGGAAAAACAACAUCUUCAAAAUGCUCUUUCAAAGUUGA